GAUGCGGACUUACAAGAGGAAGACUACAAGAUGUUCUUACACUACUGAAGAUUUAAAAAAUGCUGCAAAGGCCGUCAACGAUGAAGGAAAAAGUGUUAAUGCCGCCGCUAAAGAAUUUGGUAUCAAACGGAUGAUUUUGACAAGAUUUUUGAAGAAAUUAAAUGAAGAAACUAUCGAGCCGGAAAAAGAUCAUCCAGAGCAAGCUGUGAUGUCCAGCACUGAACCUAAUCCCACUCAUUCUGCUUCCACCAGCCAAGCUGAACCCGAACCUGGUCCAAGCAACAAAAAAAACGAGACGAUCGACCUAAUACAAGUAUUUUCCCCGGAAAUUGUACGACCAUACCCAAAGGCUGGCCCUAGAAAAGCAGCUAAAACUAACAGAAGAAAGAGGAAAGCUGCAAUACUAACAGACACUCCCGAAAAGAACGCUUUAGAAGAACAGCAAAAUAAAACCACAAAAAAAGUUAAGAAGCCACAAGAAAAGGAAGAAGGGUAUUUGUAA